AUGAAGAAUUUAUUAAUAGAUAAAUUUUUUCGUGCUCAUGAACAUUCAUCUCCAUUUUAUGGUAACACUCGUCAUAUUUAUUGUGACCAUAGCACGAUUGAAUUUAAUCCGACAUCCGACAAUAUGAAUAAAUAUAAACUACAUUAUGGGCACACCCAAAAAUUAACAAUUUUAGCCUACUCCGAAGAUGAGCAUGCACAAGCAAUUCUAGUUCAUAGUGCCGGUAGUAAUGAUAGUCAUUCUUCAAUGAAUAAAUAUCCUCAUGUAACUAUUAGUGUCAGCAAUGUUAAUCCUUAUACACCAGUAUAUUCUAAUGAUCUUUGGAAAAGACUUGUUGAUGACGAAAUAGUCGAGAUAACAGUGGACGAAUAUGAUAAACCACGAUCGAUCAAAAUUAAGGAUCAUAGUAGUGAAUGGCAUGGAAAAUUGAAUAGCAAUGGAAAAUAUGAAGAAACACAAGCUUAUGUUAAAAUAAUGAAUGACGUUAUUGAUUUGAAUGGAAUUGUUUGUGUUAAUAAUUUAUGGAAAAAUGAUAAAUGUCUAAAAAAAUUUUCAAGUUAA